GAAGUCAGUCCUUGCUCAUUAUAUUGGAAAUUAGAGAACAAUUUUUUCAGUUCAUUUUUUGUGUUUGUCAGCAUUCGAUACAGCAUUUAUUUUAAAUGUUCUUUGGGAAGACAGCUCAGCUACACCGAAUGCUGCUGGUGGUGCAGGGCAGAGGACGCGAAGAGACAGAUAAGAAGAGCACAGGGGUCAAGCCAGGUGUGGUCAUCCAUAGGAAGAUGUACAAGUGCCCUGCCUGCCCAUAUGAUACAAUUUACCCAACAAAUUUGAGGAACCACAUGCGCACACAUACUGGAGAGAAGCCCUAUGCCUGUGCCCAUUGUUCCUAUCGGGCAAUACAGAAAGUGGCUCUAAAAAGUCACAUGUUAACGCACCACCCAGAUGUGAAUACAAUGUGAGGCUGAGCUCAGGCUAUGAGAUGGCAGUUGGGAGAGGCGCCACAGGGGGUGAAAAGACCACACCUUCUGUCGCCAAGUUGCGUCAGUGUCCAUACUGCCCCUACACCACUACUGUCACAACUAAUCUCAAGAACCA